GUGCAGUUACGUUUAUCUGUUGAGCAUAUGAAAAAACGUGAGGUAUUUCGCAGGUUUGUACCAACAAAUUUCUUCGUUCGUUCUUGUUAUUUUUUUCCACUGCUGACACAUGUAUUUUCCGCCGAUCGUAAGUUUGCUCAGAACCACAGUGCGGUAAACAACUGUGUAUACACACAUUCAAUUCGACACAGAAAUAUUCAGUCUUCGUUCAGGAAUCCUGCAGGCUUCGUCAUGGAAAUGCUUCGAAUCAUUUUCAACUUAAUUUUUCUCGCCCACCUGGCGUCUGUAAUAAUUGGCGUUACAUCACCUACGUCCCUUUCUUCGACUGACUCAAACAAAGCACUGGAAGCAGCCCUGAGAAAUUUCAAGAAGGAAGUGAAAUCCGCGAUCGUUGGAGCUCAUUCAGCGAUUACCGAAUUCGAGAAGCUAUUUGAAAAUUUGGAAAUAUCCGCCAUGAGGAUUCAGAAAAAUAACAGCGAUAUCGUAAACGAUACUCUAACUUUGUUUGGAAAACAAAUGAACAGUCUGUUAACGGCUUCCAGUAGAAUCGAUGUGAAUGAAUGCACAGCGUUGGGCUUUAGCGUCGAAUCAAGAGCGAUAGAAAUUCUCCUCGAGACGAACACCUGUGUUCACAAGAAAAUUGAAAGAACUGAAAAGUACAUCGAAGCGACAAUUUCGUCGGUAAGAUGCGGAAUUGGGCGUCUAAAUUCCCUCGUCAAUAUCGCCGAAGACAUUUUUACGGAUUCAAUGAAGAGCAAGGAGGUUAAGGCGGUUCUUCAGGCUGUGGAUUUUUUCAAAUCCGCUUCAGUUGAAUCUCGCACAUUUGCUGAACGAACAUUUUCGAUAUUGGCGGACGCCACUUCCGUUUUCUUCCAAAUCAACAGUCUCAUAAUCACGAACUGUGGUUCCGCCGCCGCCAUUUUGGGCUUUAUCGAUGAAGCGCAGAUCACCUUAUCUAAAAUCGAGGCCUGCAUUACCGACGUGAAUUCUAUCGAUGGAAACUUCUCAGGAAUUCAAUAAGUUUUCGGACUAUGACAGUUAAUCUGAUCGGCUUGUCAGGAAGAGAUUGCAAGCAAUUCAACUACCCUAUAAUUCACAUGCAGGACAAGAUAUCUAAUCAGCCUUAAGUGAUUAAUAGAAAUUAGCACACGUGCUGUUUCAUUCGCCAGACGUGAAAGGAAUCCGUUAGUCUCACUAAACUGUUAAACAUAUAGCGUCAGUGAACGGAAGGAUCGGACUGAAAUUAAAUUAAGUUACCGGGAAGAA